AUGGCUAACAUUGAUAAGGUUUCAGAGGUUCUGGAGAUGUCUACUCACCAAAUCAACCUGCUUACCUCACCUACUUUCUUACCAAAGGUGAAGGAUCAAGGGAAGUUCACUCUCCCUUGCACACUUGGGCAUAUUGAGCUUGACAAUGCCUUGGUGGAUUCUGGUGCAAGCAUCAACCUGAUCUCCCUCACAAUGGCAGAGAAGCUUGGCAUUGCUGGAGCAUUGCAGCGCCCUACUACUUCAAUCAUCCUAGAGGUCAGACUUUUGUGCCACAUUGAAAGCACUCCUCCCAGUUUCAAAGCUCCUGAAGUUGCAAAGGUUGUGAAGGAAAAGGUUGACAAAGAGCCAAGAGUUGUGAGAGAUAAGGUUGAGAAAGAUAAGGUGGAGAAAGAUCAAAGAGUUGAUAAGGGACCAAGGAUUGAGAAACCACGCCUUGAGAGGCUAAGAGUUGAGAGACCACGAUCUGAUAAACCAAGAGCUGAUAGGCGCUUGUUCAAGCACCUUUUGUCCUUGAUGAGGAAAGCCUCCAAGCUUUGUUUGAUGAGCCACUAG